GCGGGUGACCUGCGCCCCAGUAAAAUCAAUGAGUGCGUUCGUCGACGAAGCCGCCGACGGCGGCAGCGCGACACAGCCGUGGUGGUGCGACACCAGCAGCAGCCGCGUCGUCGUGGGUGCCGCCGCUUGGGUGCUCCGUCGAACCCUCGGCACCGUUCUCCGCGACGAGUACGGGCCGUCAUUUUCACGUCGGCGCGACGUGGAACAUGUGAGUGCACGUGGCGGCGAGAUGCCGUCGUCCGGCCGCCACGAGGACAUGGAUCUCUGCACGGACAAGGUCCUCUCCAAGGGCAGGAUCCUGCAGGAGCUCACGAAGGCCGUCAAACUGGUCUACGCCCAAAGUCUCUACGGUACCGUGGUCUUGGACGGUGAUUCUUGGUUGGUUUACUGGCUGGAUCGCGCGUUACGCCAUGGGCUGCGUGUAGAGAGACAUGGAUAUUGGGGCACCGCUAGAGAGCUUAGUCAUCAGGACACAGUCGUAGUCAUACAUGCACUGCAGAGUGUAUUAACUUCUAUAGGAAAAGGUCGAGCAUGGCUCUAUCACACUCUGAGCGAAGGCAGUUUUGAGAGCUAUCUGGCUUGUUUACUGCGAGACACGAAGACGUUAAAGAAACAGUACUUUCCACAUGCACUCGUGAGAGAUGUCGAUAAGACCAAUCAAUUGGUUAAUCUUCUUGCCGGUCUGGAGAACGUGUCCUUCACAUUGCAAUUGGAUGUGACCUAUUUGGACAUCUGCAAUUACAUGCCACAGAGGCCUAUGAGCGUAAAUCCAUCGGGAACAGUCUUGUCAUUGCAUCUUAGGUCUUCUAGCGUUUCGAGUCUAGCCUCUCCUGGAGACAGUGGUGUUGCAUUCGACAGUGACAUGGACAUUGCAAAUGAAACUGAUGGAAGCAGUUACAAAGAGGAGGAUUAUUCAAUGGACGAUAUUCCUAAAUACCGGAAUAACAGGUACAAAACGAUUAUCAAUAAUCGUAUGGAGGACAAUAAAAAUUUUGGAUCUAGUGAUUCGAGCGAGGAUGGCAAGACGCCAACGCAAUCACCGGCAACUAAAUUUCAGACUGUUGUAAUGACAAAAAAUGAUAUAGUCAACCAGAAUGUAACACGAAAAUUGGACGACAAUGAAAUGAACUGCUCCAGUUUGGAAACUCUUAAAGAGUAUAAUUUCUACAGUAAGAGUCUGGAUGAGGGAAACGAUGAAACGAACAAAAUUGAUAAUGACGUAAAGAACCGCAGUAAGAGAGGCACUUACUAUAGCGACAGUCCUGCUUAUAGCUUUAAGAAGAAUAUAGAUCCUCGUAAUUCUUAUGUAAUCAAUAAUGAUACGAAUCUAUUAGAGCUGAGCAUGACAAUCUCUGAUUGUGACAACAUGGAUGCGCCUUAUGGCAUUUUGAAUACGAUCAAUAUGACCGACGCCAGCAUUCUAUCUUCCUCCAGUUCAGAGGGCAUAGUACAACGUAGGCGUAAAAAGAAACGAGGCGAAAGUAAAAAACGAGUUAGCUUCCAUGAAGACAUACUGAAAACAAUGAAGUUAGAAGAUGACGAGAACUUUACUGAUUUUUCCAUGAGUUUCUUGCUGCCUAGCUCCGUUUUAAAGAGGGACGCUCAGAAAGGCAGGUACAGUUGGUGCGCGCACGGGGAUUCGCCGUAUAUGCAGAAGAACAUGAAUGCCGGCAGAAAUGCGCACUCAGAUUGCUACUCGUUCUCAUCGUCAUCGUCGAGCACGUUUGACAGUGAUGGAACUGAUAAGCAAGAGUUGUCGAAACUAUGCAUUGAUAUGCCAUGUCAGCGUAAUUGUAGGUGCAAUUGUAGUUUAUCGUUAUCGGAGCGCGGAGCGCCGGAAGGCCAGGAAGAUCCGGGAAAAAGUCUGAGGCCUAAAAUGGAAAUAGAAUUGGGAGAAAAUGAGGCGCAAGAAGCCUACAUCGUUGAAAAGGCGUACGGUAACAUUGUUGAAGAUCCGCCAUCCAAACUGGAGAUGCCGCAAUCGAUGGAUUCUAAAAAAUAUGCCAAUUCAAAUGAUUGGUCAGACGCGGAUAGCGUUACAACAAUAUCCGAACUGGACGAACGUAAGAGUAAUCGACACUUGGCCUCACCGUCGAAGAAACGUAAUAUGACGGCGAUACUAACGGGUGAGAGUAGUAAUAAGCUUUUGAUGCCGCCUUUGCGCCAAGCACCGUCAAAGACAUCGUUAUUGAGCAGAUUUCUAAAAUCUAUUACUGAGAGAAAGUUUGAGAUCAAAAAGAACAAAAAACCUCCGAAGGCGAAUACUUUAUACAUCAAAGGCAUCAAGACAAGCUAUGAUUCUUUCAAAGAUUUUAAUGAUAAUCUCGACAAAGAGAUCCAGGAGAACGUGGCUGCCGAAAGGCAGGAAUUUAGUGGAGAAAAAGUGAGCUUGAAGCUGCGUGAGCUUUUCAAGAGACAUAUCUAUCGCGACAAAACGGAGGAGCUGUAUAAAGUAUACAAGGUGCGGAGUUCGUACAUGACGAACGGCGAGAGCAAGCCGAUGAUUGCGUUAUUAACAGAUAAGACACUGUAUCUAACCGGCUCAAAAAUGGACCACUCUUAUAGUAACCAGUUCGUUAUUCCUUAUAAUGAACUAGAUGUAAUUAUGAUCGGCCCAAAUGCCCAAAGUAUUUUAAUUUCCAAUGCCGAUUGCGAAAUGCAGUAUCUGUUCUCCACUGGCAGCUCGCAAACUACCUCAGAAUUAAUUGGCCACUUAGAAAUGGCCAUGAGACGAUCGCCGACGAAACCGAGGCUUCCUGCUGUUAAAGAACUGAAUUACGAAGAUAUGCGUAUUCUGAGGAAUUCAAUUCUUACUGAUACAGCUGUACAUCCUGACGAGAAAAUAGAACACUACAGCCUUAUUUAUAUAGAAGAUGAACACAUGUCACCGCCUAGUACGCCGUGUGGCCCAAUGAAAGAAGGCGAUCUGAUGUUCCGGCCGCAUACCUAUCAGCACUUACAUCCGAACGCACCCACGCAUCCCUGGGAGGCCGGCUAUUUUGUUCUAAAAGGCGGAGUAGUUUAUAUGUUUACGGAUUCGAAUCAGCGGCUUCCCAAACGUGCCAUACCGUUGAAAGGCGGCUUAUGUCAAGGCUGUAGAAGGAUUCCUAAUUCUCAUCGGCCACACACCUUCGAGAUACUACUAAAGCCCAACAAGUCGUACCAAUUUGCCGCUCCGGACGAAUACGUGGCUUCCGAGUGGUUACAGAGCUUUGUGCAAAGUGCAUCAGGUCUGUUUGAUAGCACAGAAAAGAAAGAGCCGUUGCCUUGUAGUCUUGUCACAACUACGAAACACCUAGUGGCGAUGAAAGAGGUACAUCCCGGUACGCAGAGAGGUCAAACACUCUCAUGCGCUUCCAUUAAGGAUCUAGCAGCGUUUAGGGUGCCAUUGGUACAACAGUCAUGGUGUAUAUUGGAAUUCGCAUGUCGAGAAGUGCACGAGAGUAGCGGUGACUGGGUCAUAUAUUUCACGAAUUAUACCGAGCUCUGUGCUUUUAAAGAAGUCUUAGAAACUUUGUGGACGGAUGCAAACUUGGGUGAGUUUCCUAUGGCAACACUUCCACCAGAGGAUAAACUGCAGAGACGUUGCUCGGAUGCUAGCAGGGAUUUGGAACAGGCCUGGCGGUACCUGCUGCCACCAGUUUUAGAAUAAACGGAAGAUAUACCAGUAGACAAUAUAUAUACCGUCAUCUGAGAAAUUAUUUUAUCAUAUUGCCAUAAAAGAAACUCAAAACGUAACGCAGAUCUCUCGCGUCAGCACGUGAAUAUCCAGGUAACUAUAUGAGAAUUUGAAUACUAAUAUACCAUAUGCCAAAGAUAAGUCGCUUAUAAAAACGUAAUACAAAUCUUUCUUUCUGUUGCAAAUUAAAUGCCAUAUAUCUGUCACUUGGAACUAGAACAAUCGAUGUUAUUUUGUGGCUUAUAAGUAGAAUCUUAUAAUAGAUAUCCUUAUUUGGACUGAUUUAUGGCAUAAUAUGAUAAAUUUCUAAUUUCAAGAUACAAAUAUAUGUGCAAUAUAUUCUCGCUAUAAUGCGGUGUUGAGAUGAGAGAGAUUGUGAGCAUUAUCUUGCAUAUAAGAUAUAAGUUGCCUCAAACAUAUAGAUAACUAUUUAGGAAUAUCGCAAAAUGGUGCAUUAUCUUUCUUGUAGCGUAAGCCACCAUAAUAUUAUUAAUUUAUAAUGACGCAAAGAAUGUAAUAUAAUUGAUAACUGUGAGACAUUAUUGAUUACCAUAUGACUGUCUAUAUAUUCACAUGUAUUGAAGAGACAAACCAGUAUGCAUUUGAAUACGCACGAUUGAUAUUAAAGUAGAUAUUUAUCGUCCGAAAUGAUAUUAUAAAAUUCAGAAUCACUUAAAGCAACUUUAACAAAGAAUACUUCAUAAAUCGCUUUUAAAAUUGAUAUAUGAUUUAACAUUCUUAAUGUUAUUUAUAAUUACAAAUUGAUUUUACUUUUAAUGUCAAAACUUUCUUAAUAUUGUUUUGUGAUACGUCUCAAAUUCAUAAAAUUUUACUCCAUAACUAUUAAUUUUUUAAAUGUACAAAUAAAAUAUGAGCAUAAUAUAAUUGUAUUAUAUGCACAAUAUUUAGUUUAAUAUAAUGUAAUAUUAAUUUAGUUCAAAUAUAGGUUGUAUCAACUUAUGUUGCAUCAUACAUUAGAAUUUUAAUAAUUACUGUUUUACGAAAUAAGAGUGAAUGAACACUAAAAGUACCAAGUGGUUAUUAUUGACAGUAUCCGUUUUUUAGAUUAAUAUUCUAUUUCUCAUAUGCAUAAGAAACAAAAUUUUUUAUUUUUUAUCAAUUAUUAUCAUAUUUUAUGAAAUAUUUGAUUUUUUAAAAUUAUUUUUUUAUUUAGUAUAUAGUAAUACACUUCUGUUUUUAGUGAGUUGAAAAUAUUGGUGCUUUUAGUGCUAAAGUUACAUAAAGAUUAUACCAAAAUGAUUAUAAACAAUUUACGCUUCAAAAAUUAUUGAUUAUUUUAAAUAUGCUUAUACUAUGAUAUGAAACUGCGAGAUAUAUAAGAAAAACUACAUAAAAAUGAAUUUUAUUUGUGAUAUAAUACAACAUAUAUAGAUAUAUAUAUAUAUAUAUAUAUCAAUAUUGCUGGGAAUAAGAUAUUUGUUAUGAUCUUUUUAAGUUAUAAUCUUGUGUUACCAUAAAAGCUACAUGAACGGAUGCAUUCUGAAUAUUCUUGUGAAUAAAUAUUUAAUUUUUGCAUUAUUUCAUGUAGCUUUAUACAUGAUUGUGAUAUGCUGUAAGUAAUAAGUGUCAGCUGUUGUUAAGUUCAUAAGAUUCCUAUGUGAAAUUUAUGUAAUUUAAACAAAUACCAUGAAGAUAAAAUCAGUUUUAUAUGUUAACGCUGUGUGUGAAAAGUAUGCGGAGUUAAAUUUUCUACAAGUUACAGCCAGCAUGUUCUAAAUGUUACAUCCAUAUACCUUUCACACAAACAAAAAUUCUGUAUUACCAUACACACAACCUGCAAAUUUAUGACUAGAAAAUUAAUAAAAGUAUACAAAGAGAA